CAAGAGCCGGACUUUGCCUCGAUCUUGUUCACCUAGUGCCCACUGAUCCUCAACACCAGGUGCCCAGAAUCCUCUGCCCGGGCUCAGCCCCACUGCUACUCUGACCUCUCCUGUCACCCGGUGGACAUCAGCCCGAUUUCUGUCCGUUUCGUCUGCGGCGCGAGUCCCACGGGUCAAGAACUCCCAGGGUCCCACCAGGUCGGCUCCACAGCAGGCCAGGCUCCCUCCGGACUCGCGUGUCCUUCCCCGUGACCUCCAGCCUCUGAGCUCCCAGCUCCCCAUGGCGGCGGCGGCGACGCUGAGCCUGGAGCCCGCGGGGCGCAGCUGCUGGGACGAGCCGCUGAGCAUCGCCGUGAGCGGCCUGGCCCCCGAGCAGCCCGUCACGCUGCGCGCCGCCAUGCGCGACGAGAAAGGCGCGCGCUUCCGCGCCCACGCGCGCUACCGCGCCGACGCCCACGGCCGCCUGGACCUGGCGCGCGCGCCCGCGCUGGGCGGCAGCUUCGCGGGGCUCGAGCCCAUGGGGCUGCUCUGGGCCCUGGAGCCCGAGCGGCCUUUCUGGCGCCUGGUCAAGCGCGACGUGCGGACGCCCUUCGUGGUGGAGCUGGAGGUGCUGGACGGCCACGAGCCCGACGGCGGGCGGCUGCUGGCGCGGGCGGUGCACGAGCGUCACUUCAUGGCUCCCGGGGUGCGGCGCGUGCCCGUGCGCGAGGGCCGUGUGCGCGCCACGCUCUUCCUGCCCCCAGGCGAGGGGAGAUUCCCUGGGGUCAUCGACUUGUUUGGAAGUGGCGGUGGCCUGUGUGAAUACAGGGCCAGCCUCCUGUCUGGGCACGGUUUUGCUGUGCUUGCUCUGGCCUACUUCAGAUUUGAAGACCUCCCUGAGUAUUUGAGUGAUGUGCGCCUGGAGUACUUUGAAGAAGCCUUGGCCUUUAUGCUGCAGCAUCCAAAGGUGAAAGGCCCGAAUGUUGGGCUUCUUGGUUUCUCCAAAGGUGCUGACCUGUGCCUCUCGAUGGCUACUUUCCUAAGGAACAUCACGGCCACUGUCCUUAUCAACGGCUGUGUGGCCAACACAAUAGCUCCCCUGUAUUACAAAGAUCUGUUUGUUCCCGAUCUUGGCUGUGACCCAACAAAACAAAAGACCAUGGAGUCCGGCCUUUUGGAUUUGGUGGAUAUUUGGAACAAUCCACUAGAGGAACCUAACCAUCAAAGUCUUAUUCCACUGGAAAAGGCCCAGGGACCCUUCCUGUUCAUUGUGGGCAUGGAUGAUCAUAACUGGAAGAGUGAGUUCUAUGCCCACAUAGCCCGUGAACGUCUACAAGCCCAUGGGAAAGACAGACCCCAGAUAAUCUACUAUCCAGAGACUGGUCACUGUAUUGACCCCCCUUAUUUCCCUCCUUCCAGAGCUUCUGUACAUGCGGUGUUGGGUGAAGCAGUGUUCUAUGGAGGGGAGCCGAGGGCUCACUCAAGGGCGCAGGUGGAUGCCUGGCAACAAAUUCAAACUUUCUUCCAAAGAUAUCUCAAUGGUGAAAAACCUGUGGAGCGCAGCAAAAUAUAGCAUUGCAAUUACAUACCAAAUACCUUUUU